GUAGCUUAAGUGACACGUAACGUAAAUAUGGCUGCAUUGGCCGGAGAUGAUCUAGCUCGGUCGAUGAGUAGCCGGACAGAGAGUUUAAAGUCGUUAAGUAAGCGAAGUUGGGCCUCAGAUAGCUUCCGGGAGGCUUGGACGAGUCUGGGAGACUUGUUCCAAAGAAGUGGGAGGGAACAUGACGAGGAGGAGGAGCUGAAGUGGGCUGCGAUAGAGCGGCUACCGACGUAUGAUAGGCUGAGGACUGGGAUGUUGAGGCAAGCUUUGUCUAAUGGAAAAGUUUGUUUCAAAGAAAUUGAUGUUACCAGUCUUGAAAUGGAUGAGAAAAGGAGUCUUUUGGAUGGUGUACUAAAGGUUGUUGAAGAGGAUAAUGAGAAGUUCCUCGGCAGGCUUAGAGAUAGGAUUGAUAGGGUUGGAAUCCAAAUUCCGAAAAUCGAAGUGCGAUUUGAGAAUUUAUGGAUUGAAGGAGAUGCCUUUGUUGGAACUAGGGCACUUCCUACUCUUCUGAAUUCUACAUUGAAUACCAUUGAGGGAGUUCUUGGGCUUGUUAAGCUUUUCCCAUCCAAUAAAAGGGUUGUCAAGAUAAUCCACAAUGUUAGUGGAUUGAUAAAGCCAUCAAGAAUGACAUUGCUUCUAGGACCCCCAGGAUCAGGAAAAACUACAUUGCUUCAGGCACUUUCUGGGAAGACAGAUAAGAAUCUGAGGACCUCUGGGAGAGUCACUUACUGCGGUCAUGAAUUUUCUGAGUUUAUUUCUCAAAGAACAUGUGCUUAUAUUGGGCAGCAUGAUCUUCACUAUGGAGAGAUGACAGUCAGAGAAACACUAGACUUCUCCAGUCGUUGCCUGGGGGUCGGAACCAGGUAUGAGCUGCUGGUUGAAUUGUCUAGAAGAGAAAAAGAAGCUGGAAUAAAACCUGAUCCUGAGAUUGAUGCAUUCAUGAAAGCCACUGCUGUGGCAGGACAAGAAACUAGUUUAGUUACAGAUUAUGUUCUUAAGAUUCUUGGGUUAGACAUGUGUUCUGAUAUUAAGGUGGGUAAUGAGAUGAGAAGGGGCAUAUCCGGUGGACAAAAGAAACGUUUAACUACAGGAGAAAUGUUGACAGGACCAGCAAGAGCUUUUUUCAUGGAUGAAAUAUCAACAGGUCUAGACAGCUCAACAACCUUUCAGAUUGUCAGGUUUAUGAGGCAGCUGGUUCACAUAAUGGAAGCAACCAUGAUAAUCUCUCUUUUGCAACCUCCACCUGAGACCUUUGAGCUUUUUGAUGACAUUAUUUUACUCUCAGAGGGUCACAUUGUUUACCAAGGUCCCCGUGAGAAUGUACUGGAGUUUUUCGAAAGCAUUGGCUUCAAAUGCCCGGACAGAAAAGCUGUUGCUGACUUUCUGCAAGAGGUUACUUCCCUCAAGGACCAAGAGCAGUAUUGGCUCAGAAAGAACGAGCCUUAUCGAUAUGUUGGUGUAGAAGAGUUGGUUGAUCACUUCAAAAAUUUCCACAUUGGCCAAAAACUGUGUGAAGAGCUUAGAGUCCCUUAUGAUAAGUCCAAAGCUCACCCGGCAGCCUUGGUGAAAGACAAGUAUGGAAUCUCAAACUGGGAACUCUUCAGGGCUUGCUUUGCAAGAGAGUGGCUGUUGAUGAAAAGGAACUCGUUUGUGUACAUAUUCAAGACAACUCAGAUUGCAAUCUUGUCGAUAAUCGCCUUGACAGUAUUUCUAAGAACAGAAAUGAAGCAUGGCCGAUUGGAGGAUGGAGGAAAAUUUUAUGGUGCACUUUUUUUCAGUCUCAUUAUUGUAAUGUUCAAUGGUAUGGCAGAGCUUUCAAUGACUAAUUUUAGGCUUCCAGUGUUUUUCAAGCAGAGGGAUUUCUUGUUCUAUCCUGCAUGGGCUUUUGCCUUACCAAUUUGGAUCCUCAGAACUCCUAUCUCACUUAUGGAGUCAGGAAUAUGGGUCAUUCUCACUUAUUACACAAUCGGAUUUGCUCCUGCUGCUAGUAGGUUUUUUCGGCAGCUGUUAGCAUUUUUCAGUGUGCACCAAAUGGCUCUUUCUCUAUUCCGUUUCAUUGCAGCAGUUGGAAGAACAAGAGUUAUUUCCAACACACUUGGAACAUUCAUUCUACUACUGGAUUUUGUUCUUGGUGGAUUCAUUGUUGCCAAAGAUGACAUUCAGCCAUGGAUGAUAUGGGGCUACUACCUAUCCCCAUUGAUGUACGGACAGAAUGCCAUUGUGAUCAAUGAGUUUCUGGAUGAAAGAUGGAGCUCACCCAAUAAUGACUCCAGAAUCUCCCAACCAACAGUUGGAAAGGCUCUUCUCAAGGCCAGAGGCAUGUUUACAGAAGACUACUGGUACUGGAUAUGUAUAGGAGCACUGUUUGGAUUCUCUUUGCUUUUCAACAUCUGUUUUAUUGCAGCACUCACUUUCUUGAAUCCUUUUGAAGAUUCUAAAUCUGUAAUUAUGGAUGAGAACAAGAACAAGUAUAAAGGCCAGUCAUUCUCUGCUGAACAACAUUCAACAAGGAUGACAGAAUUGACUUCAUCAUCUACUGUUUCUUUGUUUGAAGGUAUUGAUAGGGCAGUGAUGGACACUCCAGAUAAGGCAAAUAAUAGCGUUGCAAAGCAUGAACGCACUCAAAGAGGAAUGGUGCUUCCCUUUCAGCCUUUGUCACUUGCAUUUGACCAUGUGAAUUAUUAUGUUGAUACCCCUACUGAAAUGAAGAACCAGGGAGUCAAAGAGGAUCGCCUCCAACUGUUGCGAGAUGUUAGUGGUGCUUUUAAGCCUGGAAUCCUUACUGCAUUGGUCGGUGUAAGUGGUGCUGGAAAGACUACUUUGAUGGAUGUGCUAGCUGGAAGGAAAACUGGUGGAUACACAGAAGGGAGUAUCAGCAUUUCUGGUUAUCCAAAGAACCAAGCCACCUUUGCUCGGGUUAGCGGUUAUUGUGAACAGAAUGAUAUCCAUUCUCCAAAUAUAACAGUUUAUGAAUCUCUUAUAUACUCUGCUUGGCUGCGCCUUGCAAAGGAGAUUACUAAGGAAACGCGACAGAUGUUUGUUGAGGAAGUAAUGGAGUUGGUUGAGCUAAAGCCAAUACGAAACUCUAAAGUAGGCCUUCCUGGAGUGGAUGGUUUAUCAACUGAACAAAGGAAGAGAUUGACAAUAGCUGUAGAAUUGGUUGCUAAUCCAUCUAUUAUUUUCAUGGAUGAGCCUACGUCAGGCCUUGAUGCUAGAGCGGCCGCCAUUGUCAUGCGUACAGUUAGAAACACUGUGGAUACAGGGAGAACUGUUGUCUGCACAAUUCACCAACCAAGCAUUGACAUUUUUGAAGCCUUUGAUGAGCUCCUAUUAAUGAAGAGAGGUGGACAAGUCAUUUAUGCUGGUCCCCUUGGUCGCCAUUCUCAUAAGCUCGUAGAAUAUUUUGAGGCAAUAUCUGGUGUUCCUAAGAUUAAAGAUGCUUGCAAUCCUGCUACAUGGAUGUUGGAUAUCAGUACUCCUGCUUUUGAAGCUCAACUUGGAAUCGAUUUUGCGGAAACAUACAAAAAUUCUGGACUGUAUAAGACAAAUAGUAAGCUUAUUAAUGAACUGAGUACACCAGAACCAGGAUCCAGCGACCUGUGCUUCCCAACCAAAUAUUCUCAAUCCUAUACAACUCAAUGGAAAGCUUGCUUCUGGAAACAACACUGGUCCUACUGGCGAAACCCACAGUAUAAUGCCAUCCGAUUGUUCAUGGCUAUUGUUGUUGGGUUUCUUUUUGGACUUAUAUUUUGGGGCAAAGGAGACCAAACACAAAAGGAACAAGACCUACUAAAUCUUAUGGGAGCUAUGUAUGCUGCUGUUCUUUUUCUUGGAGCCACCAAUACUUCCUCGGUUCAGCCCAUUGUGGCAAUUGAACGAACAAUCUUCUACCGUGAAAGAGCGGCAGGGAUGUACUCUGAAUUGCCUUAUGCAUUUGCACAGGUUACAAUAGAGAUAAUCUAUGUUGCAGUUCAAACUUUUAUCUACAGUCUCAUUCUGUAUUCUACAAUUGGGUUCCCCUGGCAAUUUUUCAAGUUCCUCUGGUUCUACUACUUCAUAUUCAUGAGCUUUAUCAUCUUCACAUUGUAUGGCAUGAUGAUUGUGGCUCUCACUCCAAACCACCAAAUUGCUGCCAUUGCCAUGUCCUUUUUUCUGUGCUUCUGGAAUCUGUUUUCUGGUUUCCUCAUUCCUUGGAAGCAAAUCCCAAUAUGGUGGAGGUGGUACUACUGGGCUUCUCCAGUUGCUUGGACAAUUUACGGCCUCAUUACAUCCCAAAUAGGCGAUGUUACAGACUUAGUGACAAUAACUCAAGGAGAUUCUAUAACAGUGAAGGCUUAUCUUAAGAGUUCUUUCGGCUUUGAGUAUGACUUUCUUGGAGCAGUUGCAGCUGCCCAUAUUGGUUUUGUGCUUCUUUUUAUUUUUGUCUUUGCCUAUGGCAUCAAGUACCUCAAUUUCCAAAGGAGAUAGAUAGGGUGAAAUCUUAAACAAGUAAUAGGAGUUUUCAUUUCAAUCUGACCGUUGUAGUAUAUGCCUUGUGCAAGUGCAAUGAAAGCUGCCUUUUAAAUCUCU